AUGGAUAUGGAUAAUCGCAUUCGACAAAUCGCUCUAGAUUUACAAGAAGAAAGUUUGUUAGCGAAACUUAGUGCAGGUGAUAUGGUUGCACUGGAGGCCAAAUACCAUAAAUCAUGUUUAACAUCAAUUUGUAAUCGUGCGCGGUCACGCAGAUCACGCGAAUUAAGGGCGAACGAAAAAGAUUCCAAUGUCGUACAUGGAAUAGUCUUGGCAGAACUGGUUUCAUACAUAGAAGAUACUCGAGAAGAAACCAAUUCUUUGUCAGUUUUCAAGCUGAGCGAUUUGUCAAAAAUGUAUGAAUCGCGUUUAGAACAAUUGGGAAUUGAAUCAACCAGCGAAAUACACUCGACAAGAUUGAAGAACAGAAUUAUUGCCAGAAUUCCAAGUAUACACGCUUAUCAAGAAGGGCGUGAGAUUCUUCUCGCCUUCGAUUCCGACAUAGGCACAGCACUUAAAAGAUCACAACGUGACGAUAGCGACGAUAAAGCAUCUUGUCUUGCAAAAGCAGCUAACAUAGUUAGGAAAGAUAUGUUGGAAAAGAAGACGUCAUUUACUGGGACAUUCGAGAAGAACUGCCAGAAAGACUCCAUUCCCCAAUGUCUUUACUCGUUGGUAAAUAUGAUUUUGCAUGGACCAAAUAUCCGCAAGCAAGCUGAAAACAGAUCAACCCAGGCUACACUUACUGUUUCUCAGCUACUUCAAUUUAACAGUUAUUUUUCAAAUCGAAGUGGAUGUUCCCAUCACGAUCAUCACAAUAGAUGUCGUGAAACACCUCUUCCUAUCUACCUGGGACUUUCUAUUCACGCCCGGACACGUAAACGCGACUUAGUGGACAAUUUCUUUAAGCUUGGUCUUUCGGUAUCGUACGACCGAGUUCUUAGUAUAUCUACUGAUAUCGGGAAUACUAUUUGUCGAAAAUUCCAAGACGAAAACUUAGUGUGUCCUGCUAAGCUGCGGAAAGGCAUUUUCACCACCUCUGCAGUAGAUAACAUUGACCACAACCCCAGUUCAAACACUGCUAAAGGGUCUUUUCAUGGAACCGGGAUAUCUUUAUUUCAGAACGUAUCGCGGGAAUAUCCUGGGAUAGAACAAGAACAAAUAUCUCUGGAGCACCGUAGUAAACUUGAUACGAAGAAAGUCUGCGAACUGCCUGAUUGGUAUACAGAUGUUCCUCCUUGUAUUCUGAGAGAUGCGAAUGCACAUACAACAAACAAUGUUACGCUAAGAACUGACGAGGAUUAUCUAUCUAUUGCUCUUCAAAAUGAAAUUGAGUGGCUGCAGCAAGUAAAACGGGGCGUGGAGGAAGAGACGCUUCCAGAAGGUGAAAUGGUAUCAUGGUCUGGUUACCAUGCAAGUAAGCAGCAACAGCGAAAUUUGAAACCAGCAGUUUCAUCAUUACUGCCAUUAUUUCAAGAUGAAUCUAAAUCAGUUGCCAUGAUUCCUUGA